AUGGUGACUUUGCGGCAGGACGGCCGGCUGACGGGCAGCCAAGGGCUGCUGUGCGCCGGGCUGGCGGGGGCGCUGAGCCUCAGCCUCACCGCGCCGCUGGAGCUUGCCACCGUGCUGGCCCAGGUCGGCGUCGUGCGGGGCCGCGCCCGGGGUCCUGGGGCCGCGGGGCUCCGGGUGUGGCGGGCUGAGGGGCCCCAGGCCCUGUGGAAGGGGAACGCAGUGGUCCUGCGCCUCUUCCCCUGCAGUGCCUUGCAGCUCGCCUCCUACCGCAAGUUUGUCAUGCUGUUCACUGAUGACUUGGGCCAUAUUUCCCAGUGGAGUUCUAUCAUGGCUGGGAGUCUUGCAGGCAUGGUUUCCACCAUUGUGAUAUAUCCUACAGACCUCAUCAAAACCCGGUUGAUUGUACAGACCAUGCUGGAACCAUCUUACAGGGGGAUCCUCCAUGCUUUUUCUACUGUUUAUCAACAGGAAGGAUUCCUGGCCCUUUAUCGAGGAGUUUCCCUUACUGUUUUAGGUGCUCUCCCCUUCUCUUCUGGCUCCCUUCUCAUUUACACAAAUCUGGAGAAAAUCUAGAAUGCACGCCAAGAUCGGUUCUCUCUCCUCCAGAACUUUGCCAAUGUCUGCCUGGCUGCUGCAGUGACCCAGACCCUCUCCUUUCCCUUCAACACAGUGAAGAGAAAGAUGCAGGCUCAGAGCUCGUAUCUUCCCCACUGUGGAGGAGUAGAUGCCCAUUUCUCAGGAGCAGUGGACUGCUUUCAGCAGAUAGUGAGGACCCAAGGGGUACUGGGGCUCUGGAAUGGAUUGACAGCCAACUUACUGAAGAUAGUUCCAUAUUUUGGAGUUAUGUUUGGUACCUUUGAGUUCUGCAAGAGAAUCUGUCUUUACCAAAAUGGUUACACUGUGUCUCCUCUGAGCUAUAAAUUGACCCCAGGAGUGGAUCAGAAUUUGAAGCCCAAGGAAUUACGAGAAUUAAAAAAGUUCAAAACUGGACAACUGAAGUCUAAAAAACCAACUGUUUAA